AUUAGCGAGAUACAACAAGAAAAUGGCGAUCUAGACUAGAGUUGACGACAUUGGUUGUUAAAUAUUGUUUAUAAUGAAUUAUUGUAUUCAGUAACAAGUUUUUACUACCCCGAACUCUCUCUUUGACAAUAGUCGGUUGUUUUCGUAUGAGUUCAAUUAAAAACACCAGCUCACUAGACGGACAAGAGUCCGCAAGUGACCUGACAAGAUCAGACAGUUUAAGUGGCACUGAGCAUAAGGAUCCUGCACAGAGAUCAGAAAUUAUGUCAAAGCGCCUUGCAGCCAGAGAACUUAUAACCCAGUACUAUCAUCAGCUAACUGAGGGCUGUGGAAAUGCUGCCUGUUCCAAUGAAAACUGUGCUUCAAGUAGCACCUUUCGCUUCAAGGAGAUUGAUAAAAAUAACUUAGCUGUGGAGGCAAUAGAGUUAUCUAAAGCUAAAGCAACACUGUGCGAAAGACGUCCAGGAAAAAUUCCCCGGCUCCCAUCAGAAAGUGAUAAUUCAUCAAGUGCUACGACUUUAACUAUGACCCGUGGUGAGCCUGUGGGAUUAGGAGCCAAGAGCAAAAUGCCUUCCCCAACAGCAUCCUCUGUAGAUGAGUCAUUUCUUCCAUCAUCCAGUAACAGCAACUCCUCUUUAACUAAAGAACUUCAGUUUUUAACAGAAGAUAAGAUCAAUGAUUUAAUUGAUGAGUGUAACUUGAGUAAUUCGUGUCAAAAGCUUAUUCAUUUUAUCGGUUCGGUUUUCAAUAACCCGACAUCAGUCAUGCUGAGUUUUCGAAAGCCGUCUGGUGAAGCGAGUUUUGACACAAGCUCUGAUGUAAAAGUUUCCAAGUAUUCAAACCAUGAUUCUCAAGGUUGUUCUAAUGCCUUAGAUGUACAAAAAGAUAGUGACAAUACCGUAGAUCUUCCAGCUGUCAGAAGGGCUUUCCAGCGCCUGAAAGAAAUGCCAGAGCAGCCAUUUCAGAAUGCUCUGAUAACUGCUUUGACAACUCUGGCUCGAACUCUGGAACUGGAGAUGAAGUAUAAAAGUGAUCCAAGCUACCUGCACAUUUUAACUGUUGUCAUGGAGAUCCCUAUGCUCCAUUACCUUGAGUAUCUAGAGAGUGCCUUCCCUGGCAUAUGCAAAGUUAUCAGCAUCCUGCCUAUAAACGAACAAGCGAGACUAGCAAGAGUGUGGUCGACAUAUGGGCAUGACCGCUUAAAAGAGAUGGUUCAGUCAUUACAGCAACUCAUCACUGUCAGGAUCAUCAACCUUGAAUCAUCAUGGUCAUCCACUUACCGUCCAAGUGACGACUCCACCAUUACCAGUGCAACCCGUGUGCUCAAAAUAUUGUAUUACGCCAGUUUAUUAGGUGGUGUCAUAGACAGCCCAGAACUGAUUGAGGAGGAAAAAAGAUUGAAUGAAUCUGAAACAAUACAGGAGUUGAUGAGUGGUGCGUUUGGUUAUGAACCAAAAGACUCCACACCCGUGAAAGAGGAUCCUCUCGGCAAAGAGUUGGGUGUUCAGGUUAUCAACUGCCGCAAACCACUUGUACCCUUUGAAGAUUUUAUUAAUGAACCCCUCAAUGAUAACCUUGACAUUGGUGUUGACUACACCAACUAUAAGUUAGAGUCAGAGAACAAAUUUUCAUUUGUGCCCUAUUGUUUUAUACUCACGACGGCCUCGAAACACACAAGUAUGUAUUACGAUAAUAGAAUUCGUAUGCUUCAUGAGCGAAGAACAGCCUUUGUGCAAACACUUGUUCAUGGUGGACCGCCAAACCCAUUCUUGCGAAUUAGAGUGAGGAGAGAUCACAUAAUUGAUGAUGCUUUAGUAAAUUUGGAAAUGAUUGCCAUGGAGAACCCCAGUGACCUAAGAAAGCAACUUUUUGUGGAAUUUGAAGGAGAGCAAGGGCUGGAUGAAGGGGGAGUGUCCAAAGAAUUUUUUCAGCUCAUUGUUGAAGAACUCUUUAACCCUGACAUAGGGAUGUUCACUUAUAAUGAGGAGUCCCACCAUUUUUGGUUCAACUCUUUAUCUUUUGAAAAUGAUGCUCAAUUCACAUUGAUCGGUAUUCUUCUUGGGCUGGCUAUUUAUAAUAGCUGUAUUCUUGAUAUUCACUUUCCUAUGGUUGUUUAUCGUAAACUUAUGGGGAAGAAAGGAACAUUUAAAGAUCUGUUUGAUGUUGACCCGACAUUGAUGGCCAGCCUGCAAGAGAUGCUAGACUACAAGCAGGAUGACUUUGAAGAUGUUUUUGAGCAGAUGUUUAGAAUAGGAUACAGUGAUGUUUUUGGUAAUAAUCACACUUACGACUUAAAAGAAAAUGGAGAAAACACACCAGUUACUCAGGAAAAUAAGCAGGAAUUUGUUGAUCUCUAUGCUGAUUAUCUGUUGAAUAAGUCAAUAGAUCAACAAUUUAAAUCAUUUAAAAGAGGUUUUCUGAUGGUCACGUCAGAAUCACCUCUUAAACAGCUGUUCCGCCCAGAAGAAAUAGAAAUGUUGGUGUGUGGUAGUAAAAUUUUUGAUUUCCAUGCAUUAGAGGAAGCAACAGAAUAUGAUGGUGGAUUUACUGCUUUCUCGCCAACAAUAAGAAACUUUUGGACGGUGGUUCAUUCCAUGACAGAAGAAGAUAAGAAGAAACUGUUGCAAUUCACCACAGGAACAGAUAGGGUACCUGUUGGAGGCCUAUCUAAGCUGAAGAUGAUUAUUGCAAAAAAUGGUCCUGACUCUGAUAGACUGCCAACUUCCCAUACAUGCUUCAAUGUUCUGCUGCUCCCAGAGUACCCCACAGUUGAUAAAAUGAGAGACAGGUUAUUAAAAGCCAUCAACUACUCAAAGGGGUUUGGAAUGCUGUGAUCUAAAAUAUUUAAUAUUUAAUGACUGUGAAAUGUUACUCAGUACUUGACAGUAGUUUGUAUAUUUCAGCAUUGCUCAGUUAAAUCAAUAUAAAUUUGUUAUGGUUCUUAUUUUUUUUUUUUUUUGAGACUGUAAAUAUUGAAUGUGAAAGAAAAUGUUGUGUAAACUUGUUAAGGAAAACUCUGCAACAUGAUACAAAUUCAUGAUUUAUUU